AUGAUCUUCCAAUUGGGGACCCCAACAUUGUUCUUUACAUUGAGCUCGGCUGAUACUAAAUGGCCUGAUUUACAUAGGCUUUUCUCUGGAAAUGAUGGCCAAAACACACAGUUUACAAGAAAACAACUUAUAGACCAUGUGAUCUGCAAUCCACAUAUAACAGCAUUGUACCUUCACAAUAGAUUUACCAUAUUUCGUGAAGAAGUUAUUCAAAAGCUGUUCCAAGCAAAAGAUCAUUGGUAUAGGUAUGAAUGGCAACAUCGUGGCUCAGGGCAUAUUCAUGGCUUCUUAUGGCUCCCUGAAGCGCCAAAUAUGGAAACCAUUGAUUGGACAGAUGAUAAUGAGGUCCAAAUGGCAAAAGAUUUCUUCGACAAAUAUGUUUUUGCUUGGAAUCCUCGCAGCGCAGCAGACCGCAUGAAUGCAAUGCACUACACUGCAUUGGAUGACCCAUGUCUAGCUGAUACAAAAAAAAAAUUCUCCAUAGACCCUGCAUUGGAUUAUGAUGCAUUACUUAAUACUUUACAGAGGCACACAAAAUGCAUAGAACAUACAUGCCUCAAGAAAAAAGGCCCCACACUUGAAUGUCAUUACAAAGCUCCAUGGGUUCUACAAGAGAUGUCUACAUUGACAAUUGACAAUGACAACAACCCAUGCUAUAAACCUGCAAGGAAUGAUGAUCGUUUGAAUAUUCAUAAUCCUUGGAUGCUUUCACUAUGGAGAGCUAAUAUUGAUUGUCAACCAGUCACUUCAAAAAAAACUAUCCUCCAAUACAUUUCAAAGUAUGCUUCCAAAUCAGAAAACAAAUCGCAAUCCUAUAUUGAAAUGCUGAAAACAAUAGUGAAUACAACUAAAUCUGAAGAUAGCAUCUUACUAACAUAUCAGAAAUUUAUGAUGGGCAUAGUAGCAGACCAUGAUAUCAGUGCACAAGAAACUUGCCAUAUGUUACAGAAAUUGCCUCUUGUAAGUUGUAGCCGACAAUUUGUCUCUCUAAAUGUUGGCAGAAAAAUACUGCACCGUGUUAUAAAAUUGAAUAAUGGAACUGACCUUUCCACAACUUAUAUCCAUGCUUAUAUGCAGCGCCCUUUUGAAUUAAGUGCAACAAGUAUGUUACAAUCAGCACAAGGGUUCUCAUAUAAUCCUCAACGCAAAAAAACAAAAUGGCAAAUCAGGGAUAAAAAAGAAAUUGUGACUGUAUAUCCUCAGUUUAGAGAACCUCCAGAUGAAGAUGCCGAUGAGUUUGAGGUUUUCUGUUGGUCUGAACUGCUACUGUACAAACCGUUUCGUGACAUCCCAACUGAGAUAGGAACUUCAAAAGAACAAAUUAUAACAAAUUGGAAAAACUUUAAAAAGACUAAUUACAACCGUCUUCACAGCCAACAAAUUAUAGAUGAUUGCAACCCUCCAAAUGAAGAUGUCAGUGACAAUAAUGGUUCUCAAAAUGAAGAUGAUACAAAUUUAUACGAAUGGGAAUUAUUGUCAUGA